UACUGUUCAGCUUUCUUUCUCUCCUCCUUUAUUUUCAGCUUUCGCUGUUCUUCUUAGUUCAAAUCGGUUAGGGUUUUGGACUCUUCAAAGAAGAGGGUUUCGUUUGGUUGGAGACAAUGAGUGCUGUGAACAUAACAAACGUCACCGUUUUGGAUAAUCCGGCGCCCUUUCUCAAUCCUUUCCAGUUCGAAAUUUCUUACGAGUGCUUAAUUCCCCUCAAAGAUGAUUUGGAGUGGAAACUCAUUUAUGUGGGAUCUGCUGAGGAUGAGACUUACGAUCAAGUCUUAGAAAGUGUGCUUGUUGGGCCUGUUAAUGUUGGCAACUAUCGCUUUGUCUUUGAGGCAGAUCCUCCAGACCCAUCAAAAAUCCGCGAAGAGGACAUUAUUGGUGUUACAGUACUACUAUUGACAUGCUCUUAUCUGGGACAGGAAUUUAUUCGAGUAGGAUACUAUGUUAAUAAUGAUUAUGACGAUGAACAGCUAAGAGAGGAGCCGCCUCAAAAAGUUCUAAUCGAUAGGGUUCAAAAAAAUAUUUUGGCUGACAAGCCCAGAGUCACAAAGUUCCCAAUUAAUUUUCAUCCUGCAAACAAUGAGAAUACGGAACACCCCCCUUCUUCACCUGACCAUGUUACUGAAACCAAUGUGUAUGCGGAAGAACCACCUUCCUCACAUGAUCAUGAGUCUGAUUUGCAGUCUGCUGAACUCAAGAAACAAGUAGUAGAAUGAAUACAGUUUUCUUGCUUGCUUGAAAUUUGGCAUGAUCGAGAUAUUGGAAAUCAUUUUGUUUGGUUUUAGUCUUUCAGAAAUCAUACACCAUCCGACAGAAAUCAUGUUGUUAACCUUUAGAAUUCAUUCAUGGAACAAUGUGGUGAUUAUUAUCUUUUGUACAACAUUCGUUGGAAUUGUCGUACUGUCUGCUUGAGUACUGGAGUAUGCUUUUACUUGGCCACAUACAGGUUUGAAGUUAAUGUAUUACAUUCUGACUUUGGGGAUGUUAACUGUCUCACUAAUCUCUUUGUCUCCCACAUUAUAAAGUGUUUGUUAC